AUGCGCAACCUCUCAAAGAUCUCUGCUACGAAGUUUGCGCAUGUCCAGACCUCAGUCGCACCCGUGGUUCUGAAAAAAAUGCUCUCUAGGCGAAUUGCCUCCGCGCGCCCGCUGCGAGCUGCAUUACCUGUCGCCAGACGGGCGGCUCUCACACAACGACGAUGCUUUACUGCUGGACCAGAUUAUCCAGCGUUGACUGAUGCUGAAGAUCCGGAGAUGAACGGAGGAUACCCCAACCCCCCUCGAGUUAAACGUCAAUUCCGCGAUCCUUACGGCGACUGGUGGGAUAAGCAAGAACGUCGGAACUAUGGAGAGCCUGUUCACGAAGAUAACGACAUCCUGGGGAUGUUCUCGCCAGAAGAAUACACGCACGCCAAACCCGGCAAGGCAUUCUUCCAACUUGGUUGUUUCGUGGCAGUAGUCCUCGGGCUAUGCGGAGUUGUGUCCAUGACCUACCCCGACAAACAAUCGGCACCCAGAGAAUUCGAGGGGGGCCUUGAGCGAGAGCUGGGAGGACCCGGUGCUGUGAGGGCUAGAGCUCCUGGAGAUGCAUACUAG